GAGGGAGGCUAUGGCGCGCGGGGCACUGUGGGACGCAGUGUGGGCAACGUGGGGCGGGACGGAAGCCUCUUUGGGUCAGACUGUGGCGACGCGGGAAGUCCGGACGCCGUAGGGGCCUGAAGAAGAGGCUUGAGACGGAGGCGCGGGCCGUGGCGCCGGCGACAAUGGCGGAGAGGCCCGAGGACCUAAACCUGCCCAAUGCUGUCAUCACCAGGAUCAUCAAGGAGGCGCUCCCCGACGGUGUCAACAUCUCCAAGGAGGCUCGCAGCGCCAUCUCCCGCGCCGCUAGCGUCUUCGUGUUGUACGCCACUUCCUGUGCCAACAACUUCGCAAUGAAAGGGAAACGCAAGACCCUGAAUGCCAGUGAUGUGCUCUCGGCCAUGGAAGAGAUGGAGUUCCAGCGGUUCGUUACCCCGUUGAAAGAAGCUCUGGAAGCAUAUAGGAGAGAGCAGAAAGGCAAAAAGGAAGCUUCAGAGCAAAAGAAGAAGGACAAAGACAAAAAAACAGAUGCAGAAGAGCAAGACAAGAGCAGGGAUGAGGACAACGAUGAAGACGAGGAAAGGCUGGAAGAAGAAGAACAGAAUGAAGAGGAGGAAGUGGACAACUAAUGGGACGGGAAGACUGUGGCACCUUGGAAGGUACCACCCUGAAAUGUGGUACGUUUGUGAGAGGCUUUUCUCUGCUGGGGAGAGUAGUCUUAGCCAGAAGAGCCUGAGAAGAUCAAAAUAAAAACUGACUAAAUUAUCAAAACCAGCGCUUCCGUCAGAGCGUCAGAGUAGCAGAAUCCCAUUUUGCCAGAUCAGUCUGAAGGUAAUGACUUUUGGCAAGCGGGAUUCUGAGUGGCUAAUUUGAUUAGUCAAUUUGAUCUCUUUUGUUUACUUACAUAUAUGCUUAGGCGGUUUUUGAUCGCCAGUUCCCUUCCCACCCAUUCCCCCAAAAAAGUAAUAAUGACUUCCAUGCUGCCUGCUGUGUUCCAGAUCACAGAGGUAGUCAAAGCUCAGGAAAAAUUGGGGCUUUGAGCAUGGUCAGCCUGCUUUGAUUGCACAGGAUUUGGCAAUACUAGCUUAUUAAAGUGGUCAGAAUGUGUUUAGCUUUAGGAAACUACUAAAAGGUUACGGGAAAGGAAUGAAAUCUCUUGUCUCUUCACUUGACAGUAACAUUAAUUGAAUUUUGAUUCCUCCAGACCCACUUGGCUUGGAGCUCCUCUAUCUUGCCUGGUAGGCAUUGGGGUGGCUGCACUCUGGGCACAUAUGCUUUUAAAUCAGCAGUGUAGAAUGGAAUUAGUCAAGCGAAUGUGCCAAUAUCUCACUGUUACUGGGGAAAAAUAAAGAUGGUUUAGUCUUAGAUAGACCUCACUGCCUACCACUGUAUGGCUUUAGGAUUUAUGGUCACUUCCUGGAAGGUGUAAAAUUCCAGGCUGUCUCUUCUCGUAGUCCAUUUCCCAGGCUUGUGACUUGCGUUUUUCAUUCUCCCAAUUCAUGACAAGUUCCAAACUUUAUUUCUUCUAGGCACAACUUUCUCCCUUUGUGUUUCUUCUUUCCUGUCUCUCUUCUGCCUCUCCUCUGUUCUAGAUUCCCACUUUCUCUUCUCCAUCCUUUUCUCACAUCUGCCAACCCAGGAACUUUGAUAACGUGCUUAAUGUCCCAAAGUGCAGAAAUCUGAUGGUGCUCAGGAAUCUAAUACCCACCGCAAAAAACCAUCCCCGUUAACUGCUUCUAAAGUAACUCUGUUGACCGUUCUUCUUAGUUUUUUUUUUUUUCUCUUGAUAUUUGGUACUCCAAGCACUUUUUUGUUUGUCUCUAAGUUGAGCGCUUGGAGGUUGACAGGUAGUCAAAUGUAUGUAGUUUGACACUGUUAAUUUGUUAAAUGAAUAGUCAAAAGUUUGUUGACAAAUGAGUAAAGAAUGUUGAGAAAAAUUAUGCUUUGUACAAAUAAAGAACAUUCUUGUUAAAAGUGAUGACUCCUGUUUCAUCCUGCUUGUUUAUAGUAGGCUUUUGGGGAGGACGCACUAAUCGUCCCUGUAUAUAUAGUUUUUGGAAUGUGGACUGGGCCAGAUCUUUGUAAAUAUGGGAUCCUGCGUUGCCUUGGAUGACCAGCAGAUGCUGCUCUUCAACCACAGCAAGAGCUUUCCACGGCUCUGCUGGCACUGUGUUACUAGUUGCUCAGUGGCUCAACGUUUUUUGAGUCCCUACUGUGUCUGAUACUGUUCUAAAUACUUUCAAGUAUGAACUCUGGAAUCCUAUCAGAGAGAACAGCCUUUACCUCCAUCAUGUCGAUCACAAUGCUCUAUUAUCUCUAAUCCACAUAACUUUUUCAAAUCAUGAAUUUGUAAAUAACAUUUCAUAAAGUUGCAACCCCAGUAAUCAUUAGAUCUGGCGGCUUUUUCCUUCUCCACAUCAGAAACAUCCAUUCUUAAUUCCCAUGAGCACCACUCAGCUAAGCUCUCAAGUCCCAUCUGGACUCCUGUGGCUUCCUUUGAGCUGUUUCCUGCCACAUCUCUGCUUGCCCCAGCUUCCCCUGUGUACUGCUUGCCAAGUAGAUAUUCCUGGAACAUUGCUAUGUUCUAGUCCCUCACUGCUUCCCAUUAACUCUGUACUUAACUUGGUAUGCAAAAUCUGCUUGAGAAGGACUUGCCUUAGCUACUCCAGUCUGUUUCUACUUCAUUGUAAGUCUCCAGUCAGUGAAUCCCCAAAGAACUCCCUCCAUAUGGCUUUAGGUCUUCCCAAACUUUGACUACCUAAGAAAACCAUGUUUCCUGAGUGGGAAGUAUGACUUAAAACUACAGAAUUUAAGAGGUGCCUGGCUGGUUCAGUUGGUAGAACCUGUGAGUCUUGACCUCAGGGUGGUAAGUUUGAGCCUCAUGCUGGGUGUAGAGACUACUUUAAAAAAAAAAAA